CUGAGCACUCAAAAGUCAAAGUCAGUCGUCAGAAAAAUUCAGAUCAUUCACUAAAAAAUAGGAGAAUGGACAAUGGAAAAGAGUUCUCACUUUCUCAAAGCAAACAGACACUUUCUUCUUUCAGACACUAAAGAAAACACAACACAGUACCCCUUCCUGUUAACUAACUAACGACGUCUCUCGUUCUUGUCAAAUUAAGACACUGUUCAGCUCUGAGCAAUGCUCUCCACCGUUCCAUCCCUCCUUAUUUUCAUUAUCUGCUCUUGUUUCCUCGCAUACCCGACUCUUGCCAAGUAUCAAGAAGAUGAUUCUGUCACUUUAUGGGUAAACAAGGCUGCACCAUAUAACAAUCCACAAGAGACCUACAGUUAUUAUAGCCUCCCAUUUUGUCGCCCUGCUGAUGGUGAUCACAAGCGGGGUGGCCUUGGCGAGGUUCUCGGAGGAAAUGAUCUUAUUGAUAGCCGAAUUGACAUAAUGUUUAAAAGAAAUGUGGAAAAAAGCUCAAUUUGUGCACUUCAAUUGGAUGCAUCAAAAGUGGCACAGUUUGAAUAUGCAAUUGACAAUUUAUAUUGGUUUGAAUUUUUUAUGGAUGAUUUGCCAAUAUGGGGUUUCGUGGGCGAGGUGCAUUCUGACAGAAAUCAAGAUAUCAAGCAUGUAAUCUAUACACACACGAAUCUUCUUAUUAAGUACAAUGGAGACCAGAUCAUUUUUGUCCAACUGUAUCAAGAGAGCCCAAAGCCAUUGGAGGAAGGAAGGGUCUUGGACAUGACAUAUUCUGUUAAAUGGGUCCCGACAAACGUUACUUAUGCACGACGUUUCGAUGUUUACCUGAAUUUCACCUUUUUUGAGAACCAGAUUCAUUGGUUCUCUGUUUUCAAUUCCAUCAUGAUGGUUGUUUUCCUCACUGGGUUGGUGUCUAUGAUUUUGAUGCGCACUCUUCGCAAUGAUUACGCAAAAUAUGCUCGUGAAAAUGAUGACAUGGAGACCCUGGAUAAGGAUGUACAUGAAGAGUCUGGUUGGAAACUCGUCCACGGUGAUGUCUUCCGACCUCCAGAAAAUUUGGCUCUGCUUUCAGCAGUUGUCGGGACUGGUGCUCAGCUUUCAACACUUGUUCUCCUUGUCAUUAUAUCUGCCAUGAUUGGAAAUUUGUACAUAGGGAGAGGAGCAAUUAUUACAACAUUUAUUGUAUGUUAUGCUCUUACAUCAUUCAUCUCAGGAUAUGUGAGUGGUGGCCUGUACUCUCGUAAUGCCGGUGAAAAUUGGAUAAAGUCAAUGGUCCUUACAGCAUCACUUUUCCCUUUUGUGUGCUUUGGGAUUGGGUUCAUCCUAAACAUAAUUGCCAUAUUUUAUGGAUCCUUACUUGCUAUUCCCUUUGGCACAAUUGUAGUUGUUUUUGUUAUUUGGGCUUUUAUUUCGUUUCCCCUGACUCUCCUUGGUACGGUUGUUGGAAGAAACUGGAGUGGUGCGCCAAACAAUCCAUGCCGUGUUAAGACUAUCCCUCGUCCUAUCCCUGAGAAGAAAUGGUACCUUAAACCAUCUGUAAUUUCUAUGGUGGGAGGUCUUCUUCCCUUUGGAAGCAUUUUUAUUGAGAUGUACUUCAUCUUCUCUUCCUUCUGGACCUACAUGGUGUACUACCAUGUGUAUGGGUUUAUGCUCCUCGUUUUCAUUAUUCUGAUCAUCGUCACUGUUUGUGUGACAAUUGUGGCAACAUAUUUCUUGCUGAACGCGGAGAACUAUCAUUGGCAGUGGACUUCAUUCUUCUCUGCUGCUUCAACUGCUUUUUAUGUGUACCUCUAUUCCAUAUAUUACUAUUAUGCAAAGACUAGGAUGUUUGGUCUUUUCCAGACCAGCGUUUACUUUGGCUACACUCUUAUGUUUUGCCUUGGUCUCGGCACGCUAUGUGGUGCUGUAGGGUAUAUCGGCUCUAAUUUGUUCGUCAGGAGGAUUUUCAGCAAUAUCAAAUGUGAUUGAGUGCCUAAUACUGCACAAGAGAGGUUACUAUUUAUAGAGUUUUCCGCGUUGAGUUCUGCCUAUCUCUUGAGAGAGUAGUUGUAUGGUCAAUGAUUUCCAGCUGAGCUCAUGGCAAUAUUGAUCACAAUUAGAUGAAGCUAUACAUUACAUUGACCAGAACUAGCAUUUUGUAUCUUUCAAGACAUUGAGAAUCCAAUUUAAUGAAGCAAAAUAUUACAUGGAUAAAUUUAAAGAGUACCCUUUGCAGAUUUUAUUUACAUUGUGUAGUGUAUAAGCUCUGUACAAAUUUCCUACUAAACAUUUUACCAUAUUGAA